GCUAAUGUGAACCACAAAAACUUUUCUGCAUUUUUUCUCAUCAAACAUAUAAAUUCCCAGAAUUUUCAGUGGGGUUUCAGUUCUCCCAAUUCCAUUUGGCGCUAUUUUCGCAACCCACAACACCUGUGAAAGUUCUCCAACUUUCUAGAUUGAUAUUCCUGUUUCAAUAAAACUAGCUGACUCCAGCAACAAAUCAUAAUGUAUUACUUCAUAACCAAAAGCCAGUCUCAAGCACUUCAAUCUUCUCAUGGCUACUCCUUUUCCUGCUUCAUCAUACGCUUCAUCUUCAUGGGUUUUGGACAAACGACCAUUUCACCCAAGAUGUUUUGUAACUCCUCUUUCGAAGCUUCCUUUGGGUCAGAAUCAGAAAACCCAUCUCUGUCUUUCCCCAGUAUUGAAACCCAGCUCUAAAAGAUUCAAUUUUUUUGUUAAAGCUGAAGAUAAAAAUGAAUCAUCUUCAUCAGUGGCUGUUAUGUCAGAGGAGGAAUCCCAGAGGAAAGAUGUCACGUCCGGAGUUGAUUCCAAUGCAGAAAGUGAUUCUAAAUCGGAGGAAAGUACCAGUGAAGCCAAAUCUGAGGUUGAUUCUGAUGCUGAGGCCAGAGAGAAAGAGAGACAGCAAGAAUUGGACUGGAAAACUGAUGAGGACUUCAAGAAGUUUAUGGGAAAUCCCUCUAUUGAGGCUGCAAUAAAGCUGGAAAAGAAGAUGACUGAUAGGAAGCUGAAGGAGCUUGAUCGAGAAAGAAGUGAUAACCCAAUCGUAGCCUUCUUCAAUAAGUUGGCUCGUGAUAAUUUGUCUAAGGAGAAAGAGAGGUUGGAGAAAGUGGAACAGACAUUCAAGGCUCUUGAUCUUAACAAGUUGAAGAGUUGCUUUGGAUUUGAUACAUUUUUUGCUACUGAUGUGAGAAGAUUUGGAGACGGGGGAAUAUUCAUUGGCAAUUUAAGGAAACCAAUCGAAGAAGCAAUUCCCAAGCUGGAGAAGAAGUUGUCAGAAGCUGCAGGGACAGAGGUUGUAGUCUGGUUUAUGGAGGAAAAAACCGAUGACAUCACAAAGCAGGCUUGUGUGGUGCAACCGAAGGCUGAGAUGGAUCUGCAAUUUGAGUCGACCAAUCUUAGCAAUGCUUGGGGUUAUUUUAGUGCAAUAGCUUUGUGUGUUACCACAUUUGGGACAAUAGCAUUAACAAGCGGAUUCUUCAUCAAGCCUGAUGCUACAUGGGAUGACUAUUUUAGAAAUGUUGUGCCCCUCUUUGGCGGUUUUUUGACCAUUUUGGGAGUUUCAGAGAUUGCGACGAGGCUUACAGCAGCCCGAUAUGGUGUAAAGCUUAGUCCAUCAUUUCUUGUUCCUUCCAACUGGACCGGUUGCUUAGGAGUUGUAAAUAACUACGAGUCAUUGCUACCAAAUAAGAAAGCUUUAUUUGAUAUCCCUGUAGCACGAACAGCAAGUGCGUAUUUGACGUCCUUGGUACUGACUGUUGCUGCUUUCAUUGCUGAUGGCAGCGUCAAUGGAGGUGACAAUGCAUUGUACAUACGACCACAAUUCUUUUUCAACAAUCCUCUCCUUUCAUUUAUCCAGUAUGUCAUCGGGCCUUACACCGACGAUCUGGGAAAUGUCCUGCCUUAUGCAGUUGAAGGAGUUGGAGUCCCUUGUGAUCCCCUUGCUUUUGCUGGACUCUUAGGUCAGUCUCUGUUUCAUGCACAUGCAAAAAUAUUUAGCUGAGUGCAUCAACAAAUAUUUUCUCUCAUUUUUUUUGUGCAAGUAGCUUUACGUCUAUUGGUUCCAGAAUGAGUUGUUGUUUUGUUUUGUUUUGAAUUUACACCAUGGAUCAUAAUCAGAAUGGUGUGAACUUUACCUUUUGGCAUCAAUGGAAAUCAUCAAAUCAUCCAAUGCAUUAGUUCAUGUACUUCGUAACUGAAAUGAAUGAACCCCUUGUCUCACUAACUAAUGAGUUGUUUUCAUCGUUUACAGGGAUGGUAGUCACUUCUCUGAACUUGUUACCGUGUGGAAGGCUGGAAGGGGGUCGCAUUGCGCAAGCAAUGUUUGGCAGAAGCACGGCAAACUUACUGUCUUUCGCCACUUCACUGCUGUUAGGCAUUGGUGGUCUAAGUGGAAGCGUUCUUUGUCUGGCAUGGGGGCUCUUUGCCACCUUCUUCAGGGGAGGAGAUGAAAUCCCUGCCAAGGAUGAGAUCACCCCAUUAGGGGAUGACAGGUUUGCUUGGGGAUGCGUCCUCUUCUUGAUAUGCUUCCUGACUCUAUUCCCAAAUGUAGGUGGCACAUUUUCUAGCUCAUUUUUCAGUUCCCCCUACUUCAGAGGUGACUUAUAGAUACAAUUUUAUGUAAUUUUUGUUGAGAAUUGUAUGUAUAUAUGAUGUAUAUAUAAAACAUCGCAGUUUAUAGAAAGUUAAAUUUGGAAUGUAACCACAUUAUUGCAAUAGCAAAAUGUACCAUAUGCUGCUGUGAAUGAACAACCAGAGAAUCUGAAUUUCUGCAAUUAUUGCGAGAGAACGAAGAGUUCGUUAGUUAAAUUCGUUGAACAAUCA